CUCGGGUGUGUCACGGUAGCCCUGCAGAAGGAGGGAGAAUGAAGGAGAAGAAGCGAGGAAAAAGCCUGGAGGAGUGCAGGAAUAGCAGCAGCUGACAGAGGCUGGGGGGCGCGGCCACCAUGUCCGGAUGUUGUUGGUCAUCUCCUCGAAGCCAGACUUUUGCUUAUAAAGCUCUCGGUUCGCUUUUUCCAGCGUUGUCGUUGGAAAUUAACCCUCCUGAAGGUGCUUAACAGCAUGAAGCAAAAAAGUGUGCAGAUCCUUUCCCAGACUGUACCGAGCCUGAAAUCAAAGCCUGGUUACAGUUUCUCUUGAAAGGAGAUGCGAGGUAAAGCUUAGGGCAGAUGUGCCCAUUUUCAGGGCAUCUCACGAGGGACCGGUUCAGUGCACAAAACGGGGAGUUAGACAAGAACAACAACAAAUGAUAAUCCUGCCGGAUGGCUUUCCUCUGAAAUUACUGAGAAAUGAUGGAAACAGGAAGCUCAUGGAGCUGCCAUCCUCUCCCUCUUAAGUGAGUCAACUUGUAAAUUGGAUUUCUUUUUGCCUCUGGAGAGUUUCAUUAUGGCAGCCUCCAGUGAACAAUGACAUCCUUUGACAAAUACAGAUGCCAAAAAGCCAGACGAAAACAGUGGCCUUGUUUCGUUUUUACUCCAACACAGUGAAAUGGUGCUCUUAAUGUUUUGUUAUUGACUCUCACUGGAAAAAAAUACUAACUCCUGACUGGACCUUUUUUCCCCCAGCCCUCUCCCAGUGUUCUUAUGGAUGCUUGACACAGUGACAUCAUGUAGUAGGCCCUGAAGUGUUGUCAUAAUUGAGUUGCAAUGGUUUUAUACACUUCUCCAUUUCCCAACAGCUUUCUGUCAGUUCUGCAUUCUUUUUCCUGGGGCCUGAUUUUCCCAUGUUACUGGCUAGCAGACAGGCUCGUGGGCUCUUUUGUUCCAACCACCUAUGAAAAACGUCAAAGAGCAGAUGACCCAUGCUAUUUUCAUGCACUCUGCAUCAUUAUUACCACUCCCAUCUACCUGGCACUCUUGGUGGCCUCUCUUCCUUUCGCUCUGAUCGGAUUCUUGCUCUGGUCCCCGCUGCAGUCAGCCAGAAGGCCCUAUAUCUACUCCAGGCUGAAAGACAAGAACCAUGCCAAUGGAGCCACGCUGCUCACUGAAUGGAAAGCUGCAGGGAGUGGGAAAAGCUUCUGCUUUGGCAGUGCCAACGUUUGCCUGCUGCCCGAUUCUCUGGCAAGGUUUAAUAAUGUUUUCAAUACGCAGGCCAGGGCUAAAGAGAUUGGCCGGAGGAUCCGAAAUGGGGCGAGCAGGCCACAGAUUAAAAUAUACAUAGAUUCUCCUACCAACACAUCCAUCAGUGCAGCGAGUUUCAGCAGCCUGGUCUCCCCCCAGGCUGGAGAUAACCGUACUGUUAAUGCUGGCAUCAAAAGGACAACAUCAAUGGAGUACAAAGGAGACAAUUGUGGCUCAAACAACGGCGAGGAGAACAGAGAAGAUAAAGGUGGAAGUGGAGAGCCACACGAGGGAGAAGAAAACACUUGCAUUGUCCCUAUCAAUGGAGAGGAGAACGGCCACCUGUCAGACACAGAAAUAGACACCGUCAACGGCCAGGCUCGUGCCAGUGGCCCAGCAGAGCCCUCACUGGAAGGUGACGCAGAGAUCUCAAAAACACCGAACCACAAACAGAAGGAAGGAGAUUCUGGGAGUUUAGACAGCUGCUCUGCCUCACGAGAGUCCCUAGUCAAAGUCCGUGUUGGAGAUGGUACAGUGGACCAAAGCACUGUCAACAACAAGCUCCUCUACAAAGCUUCAAUCAUGAAGAAAGCUUCAGUGCGGAAAAAGAAACACACAGAUGAGACCUUUGAUCAUGAGAUCUCCGCUUUCUUCCCUGCCAACCUGGACUUUCUGUGCUUGCAGGAAGUGUUUGACAAAAGAGCUGCGGAGAAAUUGAAAGAGCAGCUCCAUCACUAUUUUGAAUACAUCGUCUAUGAUGUUGGGGUCUACAGCUGCAACGGCUGCUGUAGCUUUAAGUUUGUGAACAGUGGUCUACUUUUUGCCAGCCGCUACCCUGUUAUGGAUGCUGCCUAUCACUGUUACCCCAAUGGAAGAGGAAUGGACUCCUUGGCUUCCAAGGGAGCCUUGUUUCUCAAGGUGCAAGUGGGAAGUACACCUCAGGACCAAAGAAUUGUGGGAUACAUUUCCUGCACUCACUUGCAAGCUAUUGCAGGAGACACUACUGUUCGAUGUGAGCAGCUGGAUAUGCUUCAAGAUUGGCUGUCUGAAUUCAGAAAAUCUACCUCCUCCUCCAGUACAGCCAAUCCAGAGGAGCUGGUGGCUUUUGAUGUACUCUGUGGAGAUCUCAACUUUGAUAACUGCUCCUCUGAGGACAAGCUGGAGCAACAGCACUCUCUGUUUACACACUACAAAGACCCGUGUCGAGUUGGUCCUGGGGAGGAUAAGCCUUGGGCAAUUGGUACCCUGUUGGAUCCUGAAGGAUUAUAUGAUGAAGAAGUGUGCACCCCAGAUAACCUACAGAAGGUGCUGGAAAGUGAAGAAGGGAGGAAAGGAUACUUAGUCUAUCCCACCAGCAAGAAUCACAGUUCCAGUCAGAAGGGGAGGAAGGCAUCACUGAAGGGAAACGGGAGGAGGAUUGACUAUAUGCUCUAUACAGAAGAAGGUCUCUACCUGGAAUGGAAAGUGGAAGUGGAAGAGUUCAGCUUUAUUACCCAGUUGGCAGGCCUGACAGACCACCUACCAGUAGCAAUGCGUCUCAUGGUGUCUACGGGAGAGGAUGAUCCUUAAAGCCGACCAGGUCUGAGAGAUUAGAAGAGGGAAACGUGAAUGAUAUUUCAAAAAUAUCAGAGGAUAAGAAUGAACUAUUCUGGUGCCACGUUAGGAACGAUGACCAGACCUGACCUGGGCUACUCCCAGAAAGUACCAACAAUGUGGAUCUAAAAAGGGAAGAAAUGGAAGGGGCUGUGGCCAAAAGCCACUGUCACAAGUGGCUCAGGCAACAAGGCAGGCCUGUACUACAAUGCUUUCACUGUGGACCGAACGGAACCAAGAUGGAAGUCCUAAUUCCUUCUGAACCAGUGCCAUUCUUACUAAAACAUGUUUUUAUACUAAUAUAUAGCACAAUUUAGUUUGUACUUAGUCUGUGAGUUAGUGCCGCUCAAUGGUUUUUUGCAUCAUUUCUUUGUCUAACUACGAAGCUGCAGCUUUUCCUCUUUCUUUAGCCUGUGACAGUUGUAGUUCGUGCUUGCAGCAGCCGCAUGCGCCCGCACUGCAUGCACCGGAGAGAAACCGGGCAGAGAAACCUGGCAACGGCAGCAGGGAAGGGAGGGCACAAACCAGGCCUGGCCGAAGGGGACUGGAAACCCUUCUGGCAGUGCAGGUACACCUUAAACCAAACAACUCUCUUCAAUUUGCAGACCAGUAUCUUCCUGUCUGAUUUAAGGAUAAUUAAAAGGUUUGGAAUUGAGACUUUGGGAACACAGUUCCACCCUUAGUCCAGCUGUGUUCCCAAUGAAAUUAUGAACUGUUUUGUCUGAACGAUGACUCCAGAAUCAGGCCUUCAGCUUUCUAAAUGCAACUUAUUCCCUUAAGAAGAAAUAGUUUCCCUGUAAUGUCUUUUCUUUCCCAUGUGUGGGACAGUUCUGAAUUAUGGUAUGGGAUAUGUAUGUUACAGUAGAGUGAAUAGAUUCCUGUAGUACCAUUGGUAACACCAGAGCCAACAUUCUGCCUUAGCUAGAAAGGGUAAGUGGGAAAUGAAUUGUAAAAUGCAUGCUAGAUAUAGAGUAAAAAUAAACAUAAGUGACAUUUUUGGGGGGGUGGGGAAGGUGUAGAACGGUGUAUGAUUGAUAAGGCAGAAUAACCUGACAAUUUUCUAAAGGAAUCAGUACACUUAAAGGGGAAGUGGAACACGGCCAGCAGGAGAGUAGAGAAUAGAACUGUGACUCUUGGCCUUUAGGUAACUGCUUCCCAGGAACAGAGGCUGUUUUGAUGUCUGUGAGACAUGAUUCUCCAUUUGGUAUACACUCAUAGACUUGAAUGGGGGUCUUGCCAUCUGAUUCAUUGGUUCUUUCCACUAAAGCUCUUCAAAUGUGGGGCUCCCCUCUGCCAUCUUGUCCCCAUGACCUGACCUACCCAGCCUCUGUAACAUUAACAAAAAUAAUGAAAAACUGAGAAUCAGGUCCAUAAUGAAACUUGGCAUUUUUUUAGGGAUUUAAUUUCAGAGGAUUUGUGUUGUUGGGAGAACAUAGAGACCCCUUCUGUUUUAACCAUUACUUAGUUCCUUCUCCCUAUCUCCUGUUCAACUUUUGUGUUAUUUCCUCUUGUAUUACAAAUUCCCUGUGUUAAGCAGAGUUAACCCAAUAUCAGACGUACUCCAUUUAAUAACCUGUUUUAGUUACGCUGCCCACAAACUCCUGAGGACGCUCUUGUUUUGGUUUAGUUUACACCUGCUGUGAAUCAGCUUGAGCUAAAUCAGAAUAGAUCUAAAAUAGGAAUCUCCGUCUGCACAGCCUCUGGUACUUGCUUAGUUAGCUACAGUAAACAACAGAGCUUGUACUUAGAUCUGAUUUUGCAAACGGCGAAACUCGUAAUAGUCAUGAGAGUACAGGACUAUCAGUAUUGGCUAAUUCCAAGGAGGCAGCAAGGCCACUGCUCACCCUCUCCCGCUGCACCUGGUCUUGACACAUCUUACGCCUCGUUGUCCAGUCCCAGGGUUCCUUCAGCAGAGACUGCCUCUUAAAAGUGUACUGUGCCAAACCGUGGGGAAGUCUGAAGUGUAACCCGUGGGGACUCAAAAAUGGAACCAGACUCAGUUCCCCUUUUUAUAAAAUUAGGAAUUCAAGUUUACAGAAUCAGAGACUUUAGUGUACUACCCCAGUGCACCACCAGUUUCCCACUUUGUAUGUCUGUCUUUAUACAGAGGGUGCACAUACGUGCAAUGUGUUUUUCGGGUUUCUUAUCGCUCGACUCAAUUCAGAAAAACUUGUACCCAAAUCAAUGCUUUUUAAUCCUGUUUUCUACCUUGCUUGUAUUUUAUUAAUCUUUUCUAAAAAACCCAAACAGUACCAGUAGCAAUUUGUGUGCUGUCCAGCAGCUAUUUCUCAGUAGUAAGACUAACUACAAGGUACGGUAUUUUUAAUAGUUUUCCUAACGAUGUAAAUUACGAUUUGAUAUCAAUUUCACCAAGUAUCAGUUGCAGGAGCUGAAUUUGACACUGUGUGGGAUACAAACAUAAAACUACUGCCAAACAAUGUUACAUUAUUUACAGUAAAACUAACAGUCUAAAUUACUUUAAAAUUUGUUCUGUGGCUUCGUGCUGACUGAAAAGUCAGUCACUUUGAUCAACUUUUUGAGAUACGCCGAAAAAAAGGGUUUUUCAAAUUUGAAGUAAACCGUUUUAGAUUUUGAUGUUCCUAGUUCCUCAGUGCUCAAGAACUGGCUAGCUGUAAAAUAUUCUCUUACACAAUACACAUACAUUUAACCAGUGUAAGUAGCUCUUUCUAAUUUACUGUCUUAGGGAUGUGACUUUGCAAGGGAGUGAUGCUGGGAGGUUCAGCACGGUGGCACCACUGUACAGAUGCUCCUUGGUUUUUUGCAUUGAUCCUGUGCCUUCUGAUGCCUCGGCAAUGCUUGCAGGGGUCAGAGAGUGUCUGUAGCAGUGAGCUUCCCCUUCUAGGACAGGGACCUUCAGGAGAAAAAAGAGUUUUGCCUACACCACUCCAGCCACCACAGUUCCAUCCAAGAGCCCACAGACUCCACUCAGACAAUGCCUGUACUGGCACGAUCUCAAUCAUCACAGGCCUUAGGCAGACACUAUACAAUAGAAUAUUUGCAUUAAAAAAAAAAAAAGGGUGGGCGGGGCUGGGGUGAAGAGAACACACCCAGGACAUCAAACCCUGCAAAGGUUUUUCAGAUGUCAAUCCUACUUUGCUUAUGGAUAGCAUGACCCAAUUUAUAAGUAGAAUUUUAUAUAUAAGAAAUCAAGUUAAGCUUACUCUACUAUGCUUAUCCCCCUUUGUACUGGGAUUUCAGGCAUCUUCAAGCAGUGAGUGGUAAGACUAUGCUUGGUUUAUUACCUGCCUCUCACCAGGGAUGCUGGAGAUGAAGUGUCGUCUUUUUACAAAAGCUAGAUGACAUCUUCUGUUUCUCUCCUUCAGCUCGCAUCUUACAACAGCACUUGCAGAACAAGUGAACAAAAGGCCCAAAGAGGACAGCUGAAAACCAAGCAUUUCCAGAGAUUUGAAGGUGUCAGGUCCUGACAAAGUUGGUAACUUUAGAUUACUUCAAAAAUGCACCCUAGAGAUGGAUCCACUGAGCACCAGGGAGGUAACCCCAGCCCCAUUUGACUCAUUCCAGUGCCCAGUUUUAUUCCAUCCCAACCUGGACACUUGGCAGAAGCUGCCUAAAGCAAACAGAAACUACCAGAGCCUGGCUCCAGGAGAAGCCUGCAGCCUGAGAAGUUUUGUCCUGCUGGCUGCAGAAGGAGUUUAUCUGCUUUGUGCCAGCAUCAUGAGAAAGUUUUAUCCCAGAAACACUCUCAGUUAGUCUGGCUAGACCUUCAGGCCUAUUUGUUGGGUAAGACAGUAAGAUUUAAGGAAUGUUCAAUUCCAAAUAGGAUUUUUUUUUUUAAUGGCCUUUGUUUGGUGGUGCAGAUGAGGCCGAUCUGAUGGUCCCCAGUUUGGUGUGUGAGCUACCCUGGAUCACACAGCAGCACAGCAGUGUCAGCACAUAUCAUCAGCUCAGAAAUGAAGCAGUUUUGCCUCCUCCUGGCACUACAGGAUGAGGACAGAAAUACAAUUGAAGCACUUUGAAAACCUCCCAAUUUUAUCCAUUAUGAGGGUCAAAUUGUUACUGAAGGUCUCACUUUUCCAUGCCAUUUUGUUUUAAAUAUAAUCUUAAUGCUUUUAAAGACUUGUAUUAUUGCUGAGGUUUAGAAGUCCUGUAAUAAGAAUAACCUUUUUUUAUUUCAAUGAUUUUUCGGUAUUGUAUCCUUCUGGAACCUAAUGUUUUUAUAUGGUAAGCACACACCUUCUGACAUUUUGUUAUAAAUGUAUUUAAAAAAAAAAAAGGAAAAAUUUAAAUAUUUUCAUUGGUUUCUUUACCUGCAAGAAAACCACAAUCACAGACCUGAUAAAAACAAGGUAUUUUAAACAAUAUGGAGGGGUUUUUGUCUUUUAUUGGUGCUGAAAGGAAUAACUGGUUGAUGCAAACAAGAUAAUAAAAUUUCAAGGCUCAAA